AAUCUCAAACAGAGAGAGAAGUUUCAUUUCUUCUAAUCUAAACUUCAUCAGAAUCAUAAUUUUCUUACACUAAUCUUCUGCUUCUAUGGUUGAUUCCGGCAACGAGAAGCUGCAGAUUGGUGAAGUUACUUUAGCAAACCAUGAUUUGCAUGUUACGAACAACAAUGAUCCGAGUGAAGUAGCUGAGAAGAAAGUGAAGAAGAGCAAAUCAAAAAGUUCAAACAAAAGUAGAAAGAAACCCUCCGUAGAGACACCAACAGAAGCUAAAGACGAUGAAAACGGCGAGGGAAGUGGCACUAGAAUGGGAGAGAACCAGCAAAUUUGUGAUGCAGACCAAGAGGAGUCUGUAGAUGGUCCUUUCAUUGAUGUUGAGGCCAAUCUUGAUCUUAUGGGGACAAUGGAACAAGAAACUGAGAUGGGAACCAAGGAAAAAGAUGGUGAUGAGGAGGCUAAAUCUGAGAAGCCUAAGAAGAAAAAAAGAUCAAAGAAAGGCAAGACUCCGGCUAAAGAAGAUGGUCUAGUUGCUUCUAGCUCAAGGAACGCUGAGGAAUGUGUGUUUGUAACUACAAACAUUGAUACUCGUCUCGGCGUUCUCCUGGACAAGGAUGAUAGUGUAUCUACUUUCAGAGACAAAAUCUGCAAAGAGCAUGAACAGUGUUUCCCAAGUUUUGGGAAAAUCACCCUCUCUGCUUUGAAGGUUAAAUGUGGUUGUAAGUUUUAUCAUUUGGUUGAUUCGCUGAUUUUGAACAUCGCUUUCCGAAGCAACGACUCGUUUCUAUUUGUGGACGUGGUGAGUGUUGAGGAGAAGGGUAUUAUGCUGACUGGAGAAGCUGCUUUUUCAAACCCUAAGUUACUUGAGAGAGAGACCAAUGAUCUGACGAUUAAGGAAGCUCCGGUAACACAAGCUGCUGAUAAGAAAACUAGAAAGAGGAAACACAAAACUUCAGAUAGCGCGCAUGCCAACAAAAGUCGUAAGAAACGCUCUCUUGGUGACCAGUCAAAUGGUAAAGGAGAGGUUCCAACUGGAACAAUAGGCAAAGACCUUGAAAAGAGAGAAACAAGUGUUGCUACGGUUGACCAAGAGAAGGAUCUUGCACUUGUGGAUGAUGAGAACGAGAGUCACAAAGAUGAUGUUUGUUUAGGAGCAAUAGUCCAAGACGUCAAGCAAUCUGCUGAUGUUGAGAACAAAGAUGGUGUUGAUGCAACUUCGGCAUCUUUACCAAACCCGAGAGGAGACAAGCCGGUUAGAAAUAUCCUUGUAUUAAUGGCGCCUGUUCCAAACAAGAAAGGAAGGCCAAAGAAAGAUGCUGAUGAGGCUACUUCAUCUGUGAAGGCUGCUAAGAAAGGAAGGCCAAAGAAAGACAAGUAGGAGAAUGUGGAAAAAGAUGUGAAGAAAUCAAGCAAAAAGUCAAUG